CGCGUUACAGUGGCUUGGGUGACGUAGUUGCCCCUGGUAACCUGGAGAGUCGCCGAGGAGAGGAUGGGUUUGCUGUCUAUCUUGCGUAAGUUGAAAAGUGCUCCAGACCAGGAGGUACGGAUCCUUCUCCUGGGUCUCGAUAAUGCUGGCAAAACCACUCUGCUAAAACAGCUUGCUUCAGAAGAUAUCAGUCACAUCACUCCGACACAGGGAUUUAACAUAAAGAGUGUACAGUCUCAGGGUUUCAAGCUCAAUGUUUGGGACAUAGGAGGACAGAGGAAAAUCAGGCCGUACUGGAGGAAUUAUUUUGAAAAUACCGAUGUGCUAAUAUACGUGAUUGACAGUGCGGACAGAAAGCGAUUCGAGGAAACUGGUCAGGAGUUGGCAGAACUUUUGGAUGAAGAGAAACUAAGUGGCGUCCCGGUGCUGAUAUUUGCUAAUAAACAGGAUUUAUUGACUGCUGCUCCUGCCUCCGAAAUUGCUGAAGGCCUCAAUCUCCACACAAUCCGAGACAGAGUCUGGCAGAUUCAGUCCUGUUCAGCCCUCACAGGAGAGGGAGUUCAAGACGGCAUGAACUGGGUCUGCAAAAAUGUAAAUGCAAAGAAGAAAUAAUUCCUCUGAUAGAACCAGGAUCUGAAUGACUGAAUAUCAUGUUGAAACAAAAGGAUGCUGCUUUAAGACCAAAAUAGUUUUCAUCUAUAUUUUGAAGGGACUCCAAGUUCAACACAAUAUUUUUUUUUCUUUUCACUGUUACAACUCUAAUUAAAGGCUUACGUACCAGCCGACAGUAGCUUGUUCACGAUAUAGCACGUCUACUGCUGCCGAAAUGGCAUUUAUUUAAUCUUUUGAAUGGAAAAAUAUUGAUGUUACCAUUUUACCGUUUGAUAUUUUAGUCUUUAUGAUAACGGAAUCUCUAGUAGGAUCAGAAAGCUGUCUUUGUUAGAUACCUUUUUUUGCCAGUCCGAUGAAUUCAUUGGCAUUUUUGCUAACUUGCUCAUCUGAGCUGUUUUGUAUAUUUACCCUGUACCCCAGUGAUCUACCUGCUUUUUAGAACCGCAAAGGCACACAUUGGCAGCCAAGGUGUUUUUAGAACUACCCUACCACGUAAAAUUCCACAGUUAUCCAUCACGUUUAUAGACCAAUUUGUAAAACCAUGCACUACAUUUUCAGUGGUCUUACAUUUCCUAUUGACACAGAUCCUAUUUGAACAUAUCAAAUGUAUUCCGCAGGAUGUGUUCUAAAAUUAAAGGGUACCUUCCAUGUAUAUGUAGCAUGGUAGUACUUUCUAGGCUUUACACUCUGUAUAUAUUGUGCUAGCUGAAUGACAUUCAAACUUAAAUAGUUAAAUUUUCCUCCCUUUUUUAAUCAUACGGGCAGCAUAGAUGUAUGAAAUAAAGGUAUUGUGGUUGCAGUGGAUGUGUGCAUUCUGUCGACAUACAUAUGCAUAUACAGCCCACGAAUACUAGAGUACAAGCACAUCUCAGUUAAAGGAAGUAUCAUGUUCCUAGCCUUUCUCUACCUGUGUGCUUUUAUUUACAAGACCCUUGGUCAGAAGCACCUGCUUACCUCACACAAACAAAAUCACCCAAUUUUACCUGUAGAUCCAGGCUGACAUCAUUGCAAUAUGAAAGUGUGAUUAGGGAAAGCCAGCCAUGUGAUCUUCGAUCUCAUGAGCACAUGCUACUGACUAAGAGUUUAUUAAAAGGCCACACGCCACAGAAAACGGCUGGGACCCUGACAGGGUUCCAUUAAGUAUCCCAUUUAACAAAUGCAUUUGUUGAUGAUUCUUUUUGCUGGCACAAUAUAUACAUUAAAUUUAAAUACUUGACCGAGACUGUCAGAAACACUUAUUGUGGAAACGUUGUGCAUACUUUAUAUUUGUAAGUUAUUUCUGAUUUUUAAAAUAGACCCCUUUCAAUCUGAUAUUUCUCUAUAGGAACGAGGGAACAAUAAUCAGAAACAGAACAGUGUGUGUAUUAACAUGUUUAGGAAGAAAUGCCCUGACAUGGUUCUAAAUAUGAUUGGGGAAUAAAAGCAAUACCAUUUAAAUAAACAAACCUGUUCCACAGAAUA